AUGGGCCUGCAGAACGGCAAGCCCUCAAGGAAGGGGGCCAACAUCCCGAUGCUGGGGCUGGACUCGGCGGGGAAAUCCACGCUGCUCUACAAGCUCAGGUAUAAGGAUGCUUUUGUAACACUGCCAACCAUUGGCUUCAAUGUGGACAUGAUUGAAGCAGGGAAGGAUUUCACACUGACCUUUUGGGAUGUUGGAGGGCAGAAGAAAAUGAGGGAGCUCUGGGGCAAUUUCCUGGAGGACGCGGGCGGGCUGCUGUACGUGGUGGACAGCGCUGACAAGCGGCGCCUGGAGGAGUCCAGGAGGGAAUUUGAGCUCAUUUUAAAGAACGAAUCCAUAAAAAACCUCCCGGUGGUGGUGCUGGCCAACAAGCAGGACCUGCCUGGAGCCCUGAACGCCGAGGAGAUCACCAGGAAGCUGAAGAUGAAGAAGUACUGCAGUGACAGGAACUGGUACGUGCAGCCCUGCUGUGCCCUCACGGGAGAGGGGCUGCCAGAGGCCCUCCAGAGGGUGACCACGUUUGCCAGGCAGUACAAGAAGUCAAAGGAGACUUUCAUCACCCUGAAGGAACUCAAUUCCUCUUAA